AUGGAGCAAGGUGAAAACACCAUCAUCCAAAUUGAGGAUGAUGUCGACUCAUCCUACGGCGACGAGAGUGAUACAGCGUCGGACACAACUUCGCUCUACUCCCAAAUUACCAACCACGUAUAUGAGAAUGGAAGGAGAUACAACGGCUAUAGAUAUGGCACAUACUGGGGUCCGAAUGAUGAGCUGGCCUCCGACAACCUCGACCUCUUCCAUCAUGUAUUCAACUUGACUUUCGGGGGAAGGACAUUCCUUGCGCCGAUAACGAGCAAUCCCCAGCGGGUUCUUGACCUUGGUACUGGCACGGGAAUAUGGGCAAUGGAUUUUGCCGACGAAUUCCCCUCAGCAGCGGUUGUUGCCACAGACGUCUCACCUAUCCAGCCCAGUUUGGUCCCACCAAAUCUCGAGUUCCAGAUCGAUGACUUUUGUCAACCUUGGACGUUUAGGCAGAAUAGUUUUGAUUAUAUACAUGCGCGGUGUCUAUAUGGCUGCUGUGAUGACUAUCCCGCUCUGUAUCAAGAAGUUCUUGAUCAUUUGAAACCCGGGGGUUGGUUCGAGCAGGCUGAGAUCAGCGUGGUAGCGCAUUCGGAUGAUGAUUCUUUAAAGGGGACUGCAAUCGAGCGCUGGGGUCCUCUGGCUAUCCAAGUCGGUGAAAAAUUCGGAAAGUCUUUCCGUAUCGUUGACGAAAUGACAGAAAUGAUUCAAGCCGCGGGAUUUGUCAAUGUUAAGAAGCGGACAUUUAAAUGGCCAAUUGGCGGUUGGCCAAAGAACACUAAGCUAAAAGAAAUUGGCUUGUAUAAUAAACUGGGUUGGGAGGAUGGGUUGGAUGGCUGGGCGAACUUCUUGUUCACCAAAUUCCUCGGGUGGUCUUUAGAAGAGGUUCAGGUUCUGACGGCCCAUAUCCGCCGUGAUUUACGAAACCCGAAAAUCCAUGCCUGGCAGUACAUGUGA